GCAAAUCAUCCGAUCCUGCGCCUUUUUCCUCAUAGUUCUCCUCUUUGGGGUUGUGAUUCUGCAGUUAGUUUCCAUUGCUCAAAAGAGUCUCACAAUUUAAUCCAAUUUUCCAAAAUUACAAAGACCCGAUGGAGAACUAUUCGUAUUCCUCGUACCCAGACUCCGUAAAUUCAUCGCCGCGAUCUCGAGAGAUCGACUGUGAGAACGCUUCAUGGGACGAGCCGCCUUCAUCCAACUAUAAGGUGAAGUUCAUGUGCAGCUAUGGAGGAAAAAUCCACCCCCGACCACACGACAACCAGCUCAGCUACGUCGGAGGUGACACCAAGAUACUGUCGGUCGAAAGAAACAUUCGAUUCUCGAGCUUUAUGUCCAAGCUUUCGACUCUGUACGAAGCCGAUGUUUGCUUCAAGUAUCAGCUUCCGGGGGAGGACCUUGACGCUUUGAUCUCGGUGACGAAUGAUGAGGACUUGGAGCUCAUGAUGCUCGAGUAUGAUCGGCUUCAGCGAGGCAGCAAUAAGCCGGCUAGGCUCCGGUUGUUUCUGUUUCCGUUCGGCUCUCCGGCGGAUCCUGGCUUUGGGUCCACCGACUCCAAGGCGGAGCGGCAGUGGUUUGUUGAUGUUUUGAAUUCCGUACAGAUGCAGAAUCUUGAAUCUAACUCUCAACCGGUCCCGCCGGUGGAAACUCCCGUCGGCGCGGCUGAUUUCUUGUUUGGUUUAGAUAAAGGGCAACAGCAAUUGCAAGGCGUUGGGAAGAUUAAGGAGCCGGCUCAUCAGCUGCCUCAGCGGCAGAGUGUCCCCGAAGUUUACGGGAAAGAAUUCCGUUCUGGCUCCGAGUGUGGAUCGGAGCACGUCAUGGGAGAGCCGGUGGUGACGCCGGCGGAUAUUCACCGCCAGAUUCAGGAACUCCAGAGGUUGCAGAUAUCAAGCCAGGAGCAAGCUAUGUAUAAUAGGAAGAGUAGUGAUGAGCAGAGCUUGAACCCCCCCAGGGUUUAUCCGGGAGAAUACUAUCAGCCAAAAGCUCCUAUCCCGGCGCAGGUGCCGGUGCCGGUGGCGAAUCAGGCGGCGCCUCUCUGGCCGGAGCGCCACAUCACUACCGGCUCUUACCCGACAAACGUGGCGCCGGUGGCGGCAAGCGAGCCGCCAGUUUACCUGGUCCAGACGCCGGCGGGAGUUUACCAAGCUCAGACGGUUCGACCCGUGACCGGUCAGGUCAGUCAGCCGUACUACGGCAUGCAGCGAGUGGUUCCGGAAUUUUACCGGGAGCAGGCGGUGUACGGUACGGUCCCACCGCCGUCGUCAUUUCAACAAUCGAAGAUAGCUGGGGGGCCCCACAACCCCGAAGUGCCCAUUGCCAUGGUGCGCACGGCACCUCCUCCUCCUCCACCCGACCACGUAUAUGCUCACGUCAGCUACGACAACGUAGGGCGGCAGAUUUACUAUACAGCUCCCGCCGGACUAAAUGUACUUCCGCAGCCGCUACAGCAUCCAGCUGCGGCGGCAAACUCCGCCGCGACGGAGGUGGACGUUAGACAGAGUGGCGGCGCGUUAUUCCCGGAGGGUAAAAUUGUGACCAAUAAGCCUUAGAGCAGGCGCCAGAGUUUUCACCUAUCCAGUUGAAGUUCAAGAAUUAUAUAAAAUUGCAUAAUAUAAUUGUACUGGUGUGGAGUUGCGUUUGUACAAAAAAAGCAUGUGGCAGUUUUUUUUUUUUUUUUUUUUUUUUUUUUUUUUUUUUUAAAGUUAGUUUAUGUAACCUUCCAUGAAAUGUGUUAUCAGUCUUAUCAUGAUGUUUAACUUUGCUUUAAAAACAUGCCCAGAGGUUUUCCAA